CGUGGCACAAUUAUUGGGCGCUGGAUCGGGUACGAACUGUUGCGGAUGAUUAGUGAACUUGUGCUAGGACAGUUGAGGCAUAUUGGCAUCAGAGAGUGAACUUUUGAACUGCGUUCAAUUAGUGUGGUCUACCAAAUUGUAGUUUGUGUUAUUUGCACCAAUUUGAGUGUGACUGGAGCGUAGUGUUUUCUUGUGAUAGGAGGUUUACGUUUCUCGUGCAGCCAUGAUGGCCUAUUGAGUUGGGUUUGUGUGUGUAGCCUCAACCAAACGGUUUUUAUGCGUACCACAGCAAGAGUGUGUAAGGACAGUGUGCGUGGAAAGUGUUCGUGUAUUGCCCUGCAGUGUACGUGUAAAACGCACUCGAAUAGGGAGAGAGCUACGUAUUGGUCACCCUCAGCAGGGUUGUCUAACGCAUAAUAGCGGGAGAGUGUAUAGAGACUGUGAAGGAUUGCGCUAGAAAGGAAAGUGUGUGCGUGAACACUGGGCUGAGUACAAGCAUCUAAUAGCUGAGGCAAGAUUGAGUGAACGUGCGUUAAAUUUGAGUCUUUGCAAUAGUGUGUUUGAGAGGUUGUUGACUCGUUCUGGAUUGCGACAGUGUUAGAUACGGUGCGCGUAAGGCUUAGAAUUUUGAGAAGAAUAAUUUUUGGUGUGUGAUUAAUUCAACGAAUCGGAACAUUGUUGCUUACAGUUUGUUAAAAAACUUGGAAGAAGUCAACAUGACGCUUAAGGCUCAAGCGAUUAAGCAACUGAAGCGUACGUAUGAUGAUCGGUUACGUGCGAUUGAUGCGUUUGUGCAGUUUAAGGAGGGUUAUAAUGCGACAACGCAUUAUACUCAGUUAGCGAGUCGAUUGCAGGCGUUAGAAGAAGCUAAGCGAGAGUUUGAAAGUGUGAGGGACAAGGUAUUGCUGGAGCUGGACGAUUAUGAUGAACAAUUAAUUAACGAAGAACGAAACCAGUUUUACGAACAGUAUCACAGUGUAAAGGGUUUUCUCAGUGACAAACGAGGUGUAGAGGAAGGGGAACGUCCAUUUUCCAACAGUACGAUGGCGGUGUCAAUGAACUCGAGUGCGAGAGUAAGGCUACCUAAGAUUGAGUUACCAACGUUUGAUGGCGACAUAACUCAAUGGGUAACCUUUAAGGAUCGAUUUGUAUCGAUGGUGCAUGAAGUGGCAGAAAUAUCGGAAGUGAUGAAGCUGCAGUAUUUGCUAGCCUCGCUGAAGGGCGACGCAUUGGCAUCUUUCGAACACGUCCAGCUCGUCGCAGAAAAUUAUGAUACAACAUGGAAGACGCUGCUGGAACGCUAUGAUGAUAGCAAGAUUCUUCGUCGGGAAUAUUUCAAGGCGCUGUACCGGCUGGAGCCCAUGACCGCUGCUUCCGCAGAGGAACUCACUCGAGUGGUAAACGAAUGUAAACGUUUAGUGAGAGGCAUGGAAAGGUUGAAGGAACCCAUUAAUCAGUGGGACACCCCGCUCACCAGCAUGGUAAGAUGGAAAUUACAUUCAAAAUUACUAAUAGCGUGGGAACAAUUUUCAGCCGACGAGAAAACCGAUACGUACGAAAUGAUGAUGAACUUUUGUGAACGACAAAUCAAGAUGUUGACCAGCACGGCCCUUCACCAUGGUAACUCGAUCCUCACGAAGCCAGUCACCCAAGGCAGCAGCUUCCAACGUCAAGCGGUUCAUCGAGGCUGGACACCGCGGACAGCAGAGAAGACAGUGAAAAGGGCACCUGGUACAUGGAUGACAUGUGCUGCACAAAUGACACCGCAAGAUCCUUCGAAAUGUGUGUAUUGCCAAAACAAUCAUCAGUUAGCAAGCUGCACAGCGUUUGAAGGUUUAUCUGUCGCCGAAAGAUUUGGAAUUGUACAAGAUCGCAGGGUUUGUUACAAAUGCCUGAGGCGAGGGCAUGGUGCACGUUGGUGUAAGGUGAGAGGUAAUUGUAACAAGUGUGAAGGCCGACAUCAUAUGUUGAUAUGUAUGAGAGAAGUACCAUCAGACGCGCAAGUAGCUAUUCCUAUGGUGCAACCAGCAUCGGUAGAAAAUCAGCCACAAACUGGGACGAUAACUGCUACUACUUACGGAAUUGUAAGGAAAACUGGUAUGGUGUGGUUAUCUACAGCGAUCAUUUGGGUCAGUGGACAGGAUGGGCAAGAGUUUCCUGCUAGGGCACUUUUGGACCAAGGGUCGCAAGCAAACUUCAUUUCUGAGCGAUUAGUGCAGCAGCUGCAGUUACGAAAAAGACGCUUAGAAAAACCAUUGCAUGGUAUAGGAUCGGUCUCUCUAACGACAGCCAGUAUGGUGACAGCAAACAUAAGAUCACGAGUAACACCUUUUACGGCAUGUUUAGAUUACUUAGUACUACCUAAGGUAAUCACGGAUUUUCCACCUCGGCGUGUGGAUGUUAAGGAUUGGAAUAUUCCAGAAGCACUGUUACUUGCAGAUCCAUUGUUCUCAGAGCCAGACAGUAUAGAUAUAUUAAUUGGUGCUGAAAUAUUCGUUGAACUAUUGGAGCAAGGCCAGUUGCGCUUAGCGCCUCAUUUGCCCAUGUUAUUAAACACAAAGUUUGGUUGGGUCGUAUGUGGCAGGGAGCAGAGCAAGGAUAAGGAAACCAAUAUCCAAGUAAUUGCGUGUGGAAUGUUUGAUGAGGGAAUAAAAAAAGCAAUGGACCGAUUGGUGAUGUUGGAAGGCGUUCCCGAAGAGAGAGUAAAAACAAUGAAGGAAACGGUAAUAGAGAAGUUGUAUCUCAGCACUACGUCUCGAACAAGAGAAGGAAGAUACAUAGUUGAAUUGCCAAAAAUAGUUCAACACGAUGCUAUGUUAGGUGCCUCAGGAUCAACUGCACUGAAGAGAUUUUUGGCAAUUGAAAGGCGAAUGAAAGUUGAUCCUAUUUUACGGAAGGAAUAUCACAAAUUCAUGAGUGAAUAUGAAAGUAUGGGACACAUGUCGCUGAUUUGUGAUUAUAGUAAGGAAAUUGGAGAAAAUGAAGCUUUUUAUUACAUGCCACAUCACGCAGUCUGGAAACCUGGCAGUACUACCACAAAAUGUAGAGUGGUGUUCGAUGCGUCAUGUAAGACAGGUAGUGGUCAUUCAUUAAACGACAUUCUUAUGAUUGGUCCACAAUUACAGGACGAUAUUUUGUUGAUCUUGUUGAGGUUUCGAAUGAGAGCGGUAGCCAUGAUAGCAGAUGUCGAAAAAAUGUAUCGGCAAAUUUUGAUUAAAGAAGAAGAUAGGAAACUUCAACGAAUAUUAUGGCGAGAAAACGAAAACGAACCUGUCAAGGUAUACGAGCUUCAAACAGUAACCUACGGCACAGCAUGUGCUCCAUACUUGGCCAUCAGAACGCUGAGAAAGGUGUUUGAAGAUCAUGAAAAUGAGUUUCCUAAGGCACAAGAGUGGCGUGAUGAUUUUUACGUUGACGACCUUAUCAGCGGAGCCAACAAUGUCGAGCAGGCUAAGGAGAUAGCUAAACAAGUGUCAGUGAUGCUGAGUAAGGCAGGUUUCAAGCUAAGAAAGUGGGCUUCAAACGCGUUGGAGGCCUUAGACCAUGUCCCAGAAGAUGAUUGCGCACAGUCAGAUGAAUUUAAUGUGGAUAACGAAGAUGUGUCAACAUUAGGGCUGAUUUGGAUCCCUCGGACGGAUCAAUUUCGUAUACAAAUCCCAGCACUAGAUGCUGAAAAACCCAUCACAAAGAGAGCGGUUAUGAGCGAUGUGGCAAGGAUUUAUGAUCCGUUAGGCUUUCUAGAUCCGAUCAAAAUGACAGCAAAACUAUUAUUACAAAGGAUCUGGUCUAUGAAGAAUAAUAGUGGAAAAAACUGGUCGUGGGAUGAACUGCUACCAGAAGCGAUGCAAAUAGAAUGGAAGGCUUUCGUAAACCAACCUAAUAGAUUGGAACAGAUUCGUAUUCCAAGAAGGUUACUUAUGGAUGGCGAAUGGCAGUAUCAUAUAUUUUGUGAUGCGUCUGAGAGGGGUUACGGUGCAACGGUGUACGUAAGAAACGCGGAGGCAAGGAGAGGGAUUGAGGUAGAGCUACUAAUGUCAAAAUCGAAGGUGGCGUCAUUGUCGAAAAGGCUUACCAUUGCUAGGUUGGAAUUGUGUGGAGCAUUGUUGGCUAGUAGAUUGUAUCAAACAAUGAGGAGAGCAAAUAUGGCUAAGGGAGUUUGCUAUUUGUGGACUGAUUCCAUGACAGUUUGGCACUGGAUAAACGCACCACAUAAUCACUGGAAAACGUUCGUAGCUAAUCGGGUAGCAAAGAUUCAGGAGUUAACAGAAGGCUGUUACUGGCGACAUGUACCAGGCGUUAUGAAUCCAGCAGACCUCGUAUCACUGAUUCCAUGAGUGAUACGAUUCCAUAGUGAUAUCCACUGGAUAAACGCACCACAUAAUCACUGGAAAACGUUCGUAGCUAAUCGGGUA